AUGGAUGCAGCAGGAUUGCGGGCAAGAUUGACAUCACCUGGAUCCAAGCGAAUACUACUCCCAAAAGUGGUGGAUGAGUCGACAGAUCGCGUGUGGAAGCUCACGGAUUUUGAGAUUGGCCGACCACUGGGCCGAGGCAAGUUUGGCAAUGUGUACUUGGCGCGAGAAAAGGAAUCCAAGUACGUCGUGGCCCUCAAAGUGCUGCAGAAGAACCAGCUGCGCAAGGCCAACGUCGAGUACCAGCUCCGUCGGGAGAUCGAAAUCCAGUCGGACCUGAACCACCCCAACAUUCUCCGGUUGUUUGGGUACUUUUACGACGACAAGCGCAUCUACCUCAUCAUUGAGUACGCCCCGCAAGGAGAACUCUACCAGAAGCUCAUGGACGUCGGUCGAUUCAGCGAGCCCGUCGCCGCCACGUAUGUGUACCAGAUCGCCCAAGGUCUGCUCUACAUGCAUCAACGCCAUGUCAUUCACCGAGAUCUCAAGCCAGAAAACUUGCUCUUGGGCUACAACGGCCAACUCAAACUGGCCGAUUUCGGCUGGUCGGUGACGUCCCACAACGUCCGACGGCGUACUCUGUGUGGGACAUUGGACUACUUGUCUCCUGAAAUGGUGGACAACUUGGCUCACGACGAACGGGUGGACAUCUGGACAUUAGGAGUGCUCAUGUACGAGUUAUUAGUCGGUACACCGCAAAACGUACUUUCGUCGACCUAA